AUGUCUAAUAAACUGUUACCAUGUAUAGUUUAUAAUUCUCCUUAUAAUUCUCCGUCCAGGGGCGUCGACUACAGUGGAGGGACAGCGGAACACAAGAGGGCGUCAACCAUGCCAUCACAGGGAUCUCUCUUCACCAACUUUGAAGAUAUACAGUUGACAGAUGAAGAAAGGGUCUAUUUAAAUGCAGCAUCGUUGGGUGAUGUCGGGAUCGUGCGACAGUCCUUGGAGGAGAAGGGAGCCUCCUUGAAUGUUAACUGUUUAGAUUAUAUGGGUAGAAAUGCCCUACACCUAGCAAUCGAUAGUGAGAAGUUGUACAUCAUUGAGAUGUUGCUGGACAACUUAAGUUUUAACUGUAUAGAAGAGGCAUUGCUCCAUGCUAUAAGUAAGGGAGGACAAAAAAUUGUUAAAAUAAUCAUUGAACAUCCGACAUUUAUUGCUGGCGAGGAUCGAUUCAAGAGGUCAGGGGUCAAUGAAGCCUUUUUCAGAACAGAAGAGAAAAGUCAGUUUCCUCCGGAUAUUACACCUUUAAUUUUAGCUGCUUCGUACAAUAAUCAUGAAAUUGUUCAAAUGUUUCUCUCGAGAAAUCAUCGGAUAGAGAAACCACAUCCAAUUUACUGUAAGUGUACAGACUGCGUCAUCAAGCAGAAUUAUGAUUCUCUAAAAAGGUCAAGGUCACGUUUGAACGCAUACAGAGCGUUGUCAAGUCCUGCUUACAUGGCUCUGUCAAGUCCGGAUCCCAUCAUGACAACAUUUGAACUUAGACAGGAAAUGAUGAAGCUGGCAGAAGUUGAAAAAGAGUUCAAGAAUGAAUAUCAUGGUUUAGUUGUGAAGUGUAUGGACUUUGCCUGUGAGUUGAUGGAUCUAUGUAGAGGUACUCAGGAAGUAGAAGCCGUAUUAAGCGAGGGCACAGAUUCGGUAGUUGAGGGAUCCAGGGAUCUUUUAGCUCGCCUUAAAAUGGCCAUUAGAUAUCAAGAAAAGAAAUUUGUAGCUCAUCCUAAUUGUCAGCAGCAUAUGACAAGUCUAUGGUACGGGUCAGAGAUGGGCUUUCUUCAGUCUUUAAGUUGGUGGAAACAGUUGUGUUUUGUGAUUUUGUUUCUACCUACGAUACCGUUUAUAGCACUAUCAUAUAUCAUUGCGCCAAAUACAAAGCUUGGAGCUGUGAUGCGUUGUCCAGUAACAAAGUUUAUUACCCAUACCACAUCACAUGUGUGUUUCCUCAUUCUGUUAGCUGCUGCCACUUUCAGACUAGCGGAGAGUGGAGUGUCAAUCACCUCAACGAAAGAGUUUACAGAUCCUGCCUUUAUACACCUUUCAAAAGACGAGAAAAUUAAUAGUUUAUUAAAGGAGACUUUAAGACCUGCAAAUACGUUGCUUACUCGUGUACAGUUUUGUAUAGUCUUUUGGAUAUUAGGUCUAUUGUGGAUAGAGUGUAAACAACUCUAUUGUACAGGCGCUCACUCAUAUCUCACAGAUUAUUAUAAUUUUAUGGACUUUAGUGUAAUAUCGAUGUAUCUAGCAUCGUAUGUGUUAAGAUUUUAUACAGAAAUCAUGGUCUCUAAUGCUGACAGGGAAUUUAAUGGCGCAGAACGUGCGAACGACCUUCUACGGCAGGACAACUACACAUAUUUUGAUUUACUAUUAGCAGAGAUAAAAAAUCCUCGUUACUCACCACAAAAUUAUUUCAUGGAAGCUUCCAGAUUCCAUUGGAAGGCAGACGACCCUGAAAUCGUUUCAGAUGUGUUAUUUGCCAUAGCUAAUGUGAUUAGUUUUGCUAGAACAACAUUUCUGAUGCCUGCUUUUGAAGUGUUAGGUCCUUUACAGAUAUCAUUAGGACGCAUGAUUGGUGAUAUUACUCGUUUUAUGGUGCUAUUCACAUUGGUACUAUUUGCCUUUAUGGUAGGUCUACAUAACUUGUAUUGGUAUUACGGCGCUCAAAGAAUUAAGAUGGUGAUGGGCGACCAGACUGCAUAUGUGCAUGCUGCAGAGGCAUUCCAGGGAUUAAAGCAGACAUUUUAUAGUUUGUUCUGGUCAAUGUUUGGACAAGUCAGUAUCAACGAUAUCAGUGUUAAACAUCCUGGUCCUGACGGAGUGUUCACUGCUAAAGAUCCAAACAAUGUGAUGGAGAGUAGUACAGCCAUCGUAGAAGGAGUUGGUACUUACUUAUUUGGAAUUUAUCACGUGGUUAUCAUAAUCGUUCUUAUCAACAUGUUGAUAGCUAUGAUGAGUCAUUCUUUUGAGGAUAUACAGACUGACUGUGAUGUCGAAUGGAAGUUUGCAAGAACAAAACUGUGGAUGAAUUACAUGGAUGACGGAAGUACACUGCCUGUUCCAUUUAACAUGAUACCAACACCAAAGUCCAUAUACUAUAUCUGGCGGUCAUUCAGAUUUCUAUUCUCCAGGAAAGAUAACGGAGACUGGCUUGAUUAUCAACGAGCUAGAAAGAAAACAUUUAUAAAGAGACGUAGAGAAAUUGUUUGUAAAUCUUUAGAGUUAAAGACGGAAGAAACAACAUAUACAGAAAUAAUGCAAAGACUAGUCAAGCGGUAUCUGUUUAAGCUGGAACGUGCCAGAGAUGAAAAAGAAAUGGUCAAUGUACCAGCCUUAAGAACGGAGGAAGUAGAAAUUGUAGAAACAAACGAUGCACCACCACCUGUUCCAGAUACACCUAAUAGAAUUCCGUAUGCUACACCUCCAAUACAUGAAGAAGAGGAUGAAAUAUCAUGUAAUCAAAAAUCUGGUAAAUCUGGAUUGAAGAGAAAAACAACUGCAAGACAACAAACAAGGCGUGUGUCAAAUAGUGUUCCAUCAGGGCCGACAACUCUCGUUAUACCUCAGUUAGACGCUAUUCAAAGAUCACAGAAGCUUCUUGACGUUAGACUUCAGCAUUUACAAGCUAGUAGUAAAGAGAAUAAUAGAAUUAUUGACGAUGUAGAAUUUCUACGUAAAGUAAUGACAGAAAAUCAAAAAGCAUUAUAUAAUAUAAUACAAGCUUUAGGUAAUAUGCAAGGUGAAAUUGUUAAUUUAGUCAAAUGUUUUGCACCAAUACCAGCUAGUAAUGACGUCAGUCAACCAAGUACACAUCAGAAUUCUAAGUCAGCACAAAAGAAGCGAUCUAGUCACGCAGACGAUGCAGAAAGUGAGGUUUAACUACUCCUUACUUCUAGAAAUAAGGCAGCGUUUAAAAUAUGGUUUUUAAUUUUAUCUUCUUUUUUGUUGUUUAUUUGUAAAAUAAUUUUAGUAAAUUUUGUGCUAUGUUAGAAAAAAAUAUAUAUGACAAAGUUCCUUAAUACGUAAUAGUGAAUACUUCAAUUAACUCGUUUUUUUUUUUAUUUCUUAUUGAUUCUUUACUGCUUGUUGCUAAUCAUAAUUUGAAACAAAUUUCUGUAGUGAUCAUUUCCGGUUUUACAGAUUUUACAAAUUCUGUGACUUUAAAGUCCUUUCUGAAUUUACAUUUAGAUUCAACUGUUUGUAAUACAAGCGAGUAUUUUUAUACAAUUCAAAAGAUCGAAUCAGUUAUGGGGUGGUCAAAAAUCAGACUUGAAUGAAGGAUUCGAUAUGAUUUUUUAUAGCAUAACAUAGGUGUUAUUCACUGAUUUGAAAUGACUGUAGUAUUGACUCCUUUUGGAAUCCAUCUUUGGUGUGUUUUUGGAUUAAUUGCUCAUUUUCUAAAUUUGGUUUCUAGCACCACUGAUGAUAACUUAAUUUUGGAAAUAUGCAUACACUGCAUGGUGGCCAUCAAAUGAAAUUUGGAAUCCUCUGAGUAUUCCAUCUGUCUAAAUGAAAAUUUAAGACCAAAUGGCCAAUAUUGAUUACAAUAUGUAAAGAAGUAAACAAUCAAUAAUCUGAAACGAACAAAAAAUUAAUAAGAAAAUACAUAAAACAAGAAAAAACACGAAAGUUUACAUAAAUAGCAAUACCUCGAUUGCUAAUAUUACUAAGCUUUUCAAAAUUUGAAAUUUUUGGCUUUAAAAACUUUAAAUCACGAGCGUUCUUGAUAAAGGUUAUUCGAAAAACACGUGUUAUACCCCCGGUAUUCAUAUCAAAAAUUAUAUAUACUUUUUAAUUUUCUGCUGAAUUGAAUUAUAUGCUCAAUAGAAAUAUUUGCAUAUUUUUAUAGGUACUUUUGUUUGUAUAGUUGGUAUUUUUUUUUAAAUUGUUUGUUGUUAUUUUAUAAUAGAGUAAUAUAUGAUUACGGCUUUUUAUUGAAGAUUGAGAAUAAAUGUCAGUUGGCUGGUUCAACUGAUUACUUGAGAAAUUGGUUUUCAUUAUAAUUAUAAAUAAAUUUGACUAAAAUUUAA